AUGCCGAAAUUUGAAGGUGGUGGUAAAAAGAGUGGGGAAGAGAAGAACAAGUUGUUAAAAGAUGUUGAAACCAUAAACAAAGCUCUGGACAGAGAAAAAAGCUCUUCCGUGAAUUCAACAUCUUCAAAAUCCGCCGACAAAUCAUGUUUACAUGAUCCCAAAUCAAUGUCUAAGGAUAAGAAAUCCAGAUGGAGUUGGAAGCCAUUGGAGGCCCUUUCCCUCACCCGCGGUAGGAGGUUCAAAUGUAGUUUUUCUCUCCAUGUCCAUUUGAUUGAAGGUUUGCCUUCAAGUUUCAAUGAUUCUUUUCUUUGUGUGUAUUGGAAGAGAAAGGAUGUGCUUUUGGUGACCCCUCCAGCCAAAGUGAUUCAAGGUGCAGCUGAGUUUCAAGAGGUGGUUUUGAAUCACCCUUGUUCAAUAUAUGGAAGUAGGAGUGGACCUCACAAUUCUGCAAAAUAUGAAGCUAAGCAUUUUUUGCUCUAUGCUUCUAUGCUUGGCGCGCCGGAACUCGAUUUGGGGAAGCACAGGGUGGAUCUCACAAGGUUGCUUCCUCUCACACUGGAAGAGCUUGAGGAGGAGAAAAGCUCAGGGAAGUCCACUACAAGUUUUAGAUUAUCAGGAAAGGCCAGGGGUGCUGUAAUGAAUGUCACUUUUGGGUAUGUUGUUGUUGAUUAUAAUAGUAGUGGUACUAGAGACAACCAUGGUGGUGCUCCUAAUGUAAUGACAUCCAGGCAAAGUAGCUUUCAUUUGAUCGACCCAGAUGUCAAACCUAGUCAGGCUAACAGGUUUGUCAGACGUACCGGAAGUUUGCCGAGCUUUACCGGUCAUUAUUAUUCAUCUCAAAAUGUCGAUGAGGUAAAGGAUCUUCAUGAGGUGUUGCCAUCAUCAAUGUCCGCAGCAGCCAGCUUAGUGGACAUUUUAUGCAAGGAAUUUGAUGAGGAAAAGACUUGUAGUCCUCAGCAUGACAAACCUCAACUUGAAGGAUUUAAAGAAAAUAUUGAGCCGAUGAAACUGGCUGUUUGUUCAACUGAUAUUGAAAAAGAAAAACCAGAAGAGAAUCCAGGUACUGAAGGAAAAACAUGCAGUGCAGUGCAUGACAAACCAGAAUUUAGCAUGUUUCUAGAAAACAUAGGGACAGUUGAGCCUGACAGUUGUCCUUUACCUGAUUCUGGAAUAGAAAAUCAUGAAGAAUGCGAAGGUAAUGAAUUUUCUGUAGUUGAUCAGGGCAUCGAAUUUUCAUCAAAUGAACAUGUUAACCUAGAGGAAUCCCUCGUAAAAGUUGUUGUUAAUUCUCAUACAAUUGACGGUAUCGGCCCCCUUCAUACUGCUGGUAUGCAAUUAUCUUUUCCAGACAGUGCUAGAGAGUAUUCCCUGGAUGAACUGAAUGACAGUUCUAGGGACAGUUUCGUGGUACAUGAAUUUUCUUAUGAAAAGGAUGUCGAAUGCACGAAAGAACAUCUACUGCAAGAACUAGAAUCAGCUUUAAAUAAAGUCACAGAGUUUGAGACAGUGGCAAUGGAAUCUCCUAAAAUUAUUGAAGCCAAAUCUGAAAGUAAGAUGAGAAAGGCACGUAGCUUGGAUGAUAUUACAGAAUCAGUUGCCAGUGAAUUUUUAAGUAUGCUAGGCAUAGACCAUAGUCCAAGGGGUUUUAGUUUUGAAACCGAGCCUGAGUCUCCAAGAGAGCGCCUUUUAAGACAAUUUGAGAAGGAUGCUGAGUCUGAGGGCUUCUCUUUGUUUGAUUUUGGCACAGGCAAUGAUAAUGAAGUAGACAGUGGCUAUGAUGCUUCUUUUGAAUCUGAGCAGUGGAUGCUUUCUACAGGUAUUAAGCCGCCAUCCUUUUUGCCAGAUCAACAGAAAGGGCAUCAAAUUCUGUCUGAGUAUGUGAGGGGCAAACAGAAAGCACAGAUGAUAGAAGAGUUGGAAACAGAAGCCUUAAUGCGUAAAUGGGGUUUGGAUGAGAAGACCUUUCAGCCUUCUCCACCGAAAGACUUUACUGGUUUUGGGAGUCCAAUACAUUUUCUACCUGAAGAGCCUCUCACAUUACCUCCUCUGGCAAAGGGGUUAGGUCAUCUUCUUCAGACAAAAGAUGGGGGGUUUCUACGGUCAAUGAAUCCCUCACUUUUCACGAAUAGUAAAAAUUGUGGGAGCUUAAUCAUGCAGGUUUCUAACCCUCUUGUGAUGCCUGCUGAAAUGGGUUCUGGGAUAAUGGAGAUUUUGCAGUGUUUGGCUUCAGUGGGACUGGAGAAGCUUUCAAAGCAGGCAAACAAGUUAAUGCCUCUGGAAGAUAUCACAGGGAAGACAAUGCAACAAAUAUCAUGGGAAGCGAAGCCAGUCUUGGAGGGAGAACUUUGGCAAUGCCAUCUGCAACAUGAUUCGGUAACGGGCCAAGAUUCUACUUGCCUGCAAAGGCGCUUGGAAGGAACAUUAACUGGUGGACUGAAGUCUGGUAAGUUAAAUUCAAGUUGGGUUGGCAAUGAGAGAGGCUCAGAGUUUGUUUCAUUGGAAGAUCUUACUCCAUUAGCUAUGGACAAAAUUGAAGCACUUUCACUGGAGGGUUUGAGAAUACAAUCUGGGAUGUCGGAGGAGGAUGCACCAUCAAAUAUAAUUGCACAAUCCUUUGGGGAUUUGUUGGAUAUAAAAGACAACAGUGAUGAUGUUGAUGGGAUAAUGGGCCUAUCAUUAACUCUUGAUGAAUGGAUGAGGCUGGAUUCUGGUGACAUCGAUGAUAUAGAUAAUAUCAGAAAAAGCCCUGGCAGUAAGGGUGGUUUGUUGGGAAACAAUUUCACAGUAGCGUUAAUGGUGCAACUCCGUGAUCCUUUGAGAAAUUAUUAUCAUGUUGGAGCACCAAUGCUUGCGCUUAUACAAGUCGAGAGAGUGUUUGUCCCACCUAAGCAAAAAAUUUACACGUGUGUGUCUGAGGCGGGGAACAAUAAUGAUGAGGAUGAUGAAUGUGAAAGAGUGGCAAGUGUGGAGAUGAAGGCCAACAAAGAGGAGGAAAACGCUGAGGAGGAGAGCAUUCCUCAGUUCAGAAUUGCAGAAGUCCAUGUAGCAGGCCUGAAGACCGUCCCUCACAGAAAGAAGCUCUGGGGCACUCCAUGCCAACAACAGUCUGGUUCCCGCUGGUUGAUUGCUAAUGGGAUGGGGAAAAGUAAUAAGAACCCAUUAUUGAAAUCAAAGGCUGCUUCUAAUUCUAGUGCUCAAGCCACCACAAAGGUACAAUCUGGUGAUACAUUGUGGAGCAUAUCAUCCUGUAUUUAUGGUACUGGAACAAAAUGGAAGGAAUUGGUAGCACUUAAUCCACACAUAAGAAAUCCCAACAUCAUCAUACCCAAUAAAACUAUAAGAAUACGUUGA